CUAGCAACAUCUAGUGGUUACAUUUCCCAACUCACCAUUCCUACCGCUGCAUAGACCUGUAGUUUUAAAGGUCAGUGUCAAUAGAAGACGAUGACGUCAAUAGAAGACGAUGACGUCAAAACCAGCACAGGGUUGAAGGACAACAUCCAACGAGAACAAAGAUUUGAACUAUAAUCCUUUAAAAAUGUACAGAAAUACCUUGACGGAUCCUGGUGACUGACAGCGUGGGUAAAGUUAUCGCUGUACUGUCUUCAACUUUAACUCAAUUUCCCAGGAUCCAGCGCUUGCGACGAAAACAGUGACGUAAUUUUUAGUCGACAGCCAAACGUCUAAACUGAACCAACAUGCUAAGACCGGAGUCACGACCGCAGGUGUUUUAUUUUUAUGGUUAAUAGUUAUCAGGUUCAGUUACUGUGACGUCAUUUAAAACUUUGUUUACCGUGUUACCUUGUUUGUGAAGCGGGCGCUGUUGCUGCUGAAGAACGUAGGUCUUAGUUCAACAUGACCGUCCCGGCUCUGCACAACACUGGAGUUCUUUACCGGAGGAUUCUCUCUCACUUCCCUCAGGACAUCACUUUAGCUUUUGCCUACGGAUCUGGUGUUUUCAAACAUCACGGGAGCAGCCAAGGACAAAUGGAGAAAAACAUGCUGGACUUUGUGUUUGCGGUGGAUGAUCCUGUGACCUGGCACACCAUGAAUCUGCUCCAGAACCGGAAACACUACUCCAUCCUCAAGCUGCUGGGUCCUAAGACGAUCAGCUCCAUACAGAGUGACCACGGGGCGGCAGUAUAUUAUAACACAUUGGUGCCUGUGGAUGGCAGGGUAAAUGAAUGA